GCCCUUAGUAGCCACUGCACCUCAGUUCACCCUCGACUCCCGCGCUGCCAGCAUGACCGACACGCUGCUACCCGCGGCCCCCCAGCCGCUGCAGAAGGAGGGUGACGACUACUUUCGAAAGGGUUGUAAUCCCCUUGCACAAACUGGCCGGAGCAAGCUGCAGAACCAAAGGGCUGCCUUGAACCAGCAGAUCCUGAAGGCUGUGCGCAUGCGGACAGGAGCUGAGAACCUUCUGAAAGUCGCCACGAACCAGAAGGUGCGGGAACAGGUUCGCCUGGAGCUGAGCUUUGUCAACUCAGACCUGCAGAUGCUGAAGGAGGAGCUGGAGGGGCUCAACAUCUCCGUGGGAGUGUACCAGGGCACCGAGGAAGCGUUCACCAUUCCUCUGAUUCCUCUCGGCCUGAAGGAAACCAAAGAAGUUGACUUUUCCAUUGUCUUCAAGGAUUUUAUUUUGGAACAUUACAGUGAAGAUAGCUAUUUGUAUGAGGAUGACAUUGCAGACCUUAUGGACUUGCGACAGGCCUGUCGAACACCCAGCCGGGAUGAGGCCGGGGUCGAGCUGCUCAUGUCCUACUUCCUUCAGCUGGGCUUUGUGGAGAGUAGGUUCUUCCCGCCCAUGCGUCACAUGGGGCUCCUGUUUACCUGGUAUGACUCCUUCACUGGGGUUCCCGUCAGCCAGCAGACUCUGCUGUUGGAGAAGGCCAGCGUUCUCUUCAACAUCGGGGCACUCUACACCCAGAUUGGGACCCGCUGUAACCGGCAGACCCAGGCUGGCUUAGAGAGCGCCGUGGAUGCCUUCCAAAGAGCUGCAGGCGUUUUAAACUACCUGAAAGAGACCUUCACUCAUACGCCAAGUUACGACAUGAGCCCCGCCAUGCUCAGUGUGCUGGUCAAGAUGAUGCUUGCCCAGGCCCAGGAAAGCGUGUUUGAGAGAGUCUGCCUCCCAAGCAUCCAAAAUGAGUUCUUCGUGCUGGUAAAGGUGGCUCAGGAGGCUGCCAAGGUGGCAGAGGCCUACCGGCAGCUGCAUGCAGCCAUGAGCCAGGAACCAGUGAGAGAGAACAUCCCGUAUUCGUGGGCCAGCGUGGCCUACGUGAAGGCCUACCACUAUGGCGCCCUGGCUCACUACUUUGUGGCCACACUCCUCAUCGACCACCAGCUAAAGCCAGGCGCAGAUGAGGACCACCAUGAGAAGUGCCUGUCCCAGCUCUAUGACCGCAUGCCGGAAGGGAUGAGGCCUCUGGCCACGCUGAAGAACGCUGGACAGCGGCUGCUGCUGGGUAAAGGACAUCUGCACCGGGCCAUUGGCUACCACGAGGAGUCCCUGAGGGAGGCCAACCUGUGUAAGAAGCUGCGUGGCAUUCAGGUGCUCCGGGACGUGCUGUCUGCUGCCCAUCAGCGCACUCAGCUCAAGUACACCCAGCACCGAGAGGAUGACGACCUUCUGAACUUGAUUGACGCUCCUGAUAUCCUCCCAAAAACUGAGCAAGAGGCCAGAAUAACCUUCCCCGACUUCUCCAAAGUGACAGUGACAGACUUCUUCCAGAAGCUGGGCCCCCUGUCUGUGUUUUCGGCCAACAAGAGAUGGUCACCUCCUCGAGGCUUUCGCUUCAUCGUGGAGGAAGGGGACUUGGGGUUCACCUUACGGGGGAAUGCCCCAGUCCAGGUGCACUUCCUGGAUCCUCACUGCUCUGCUUCGCUUGCAGGGGCCAAGGAAGGAGAUUAUAUUGUUUCUAUUCAAGACGUGGAUUGCAAGUGGCUGACGGUGAGUGAGGUUAUGAAGUUGCUGAAGAGCUUUGGGGGAGACGAGAUUGAGAUGAAGGUCGUGAGCCUCCUGGACCCCGUGUCAUCCAUGCAUAAUAAGUGUGCCACUUACUCUGUGGGGAUGCAGAAAACUUACUCCAUGAUAUGCCUGUCCAUGGACGAUGACGACAAAGCUAAGACCAAGAAGAUCUCAAAAAAGCUCUCCUUCUUGAGUUGGGGCACCAGUAAAAACAGACAGAAGUCGGCCAGCACGCUGUGCCUCCCUGAGGUGGGCCUGGCAAGGCCGCAAAGCAAGAAGAAGCUCCCGACUCCCUUCAGCCUGCUCAACUCCGACAGCUCUCUGUACUGAAGGGAGGAGCGGGAACAGGUCGCUCGGCAGCCUCCACCGUCUAACCACCCAUGCUGUGAUGGCCUUGCUCUCCAACCCCAUCUUUUCACAGUGUAAACUUGGAUGUGCUUGUUGUGAAUGUGAAAGAGAGACCUCUAGAGAUUGGUGGAAAACCCAGCCGCACAGGGAUUUUCACAUUGCUGCAGUUAUUUAUUCUAUAAAAUAGGGCAUAGAAGAGCCUGGAUGUUUUAACUGUUUUUUGGUUUUCCAAAAUCGUGUUCUCUGUGUAACCCUGUCUGUCCUAGAAGUUGCUUUGUAGAUCAGGCUGGCCUUGAACUCAAGAGAUCUAUCUGCCUCUGCCUUCCGAGUUGCCUUGUAGACCAGGCUGGCCUUGAACUCAAGAGAUCUAUCUGCCUCUGCCUUCCGAGCGCUGGGAUUAAUGGCCUGUGCCUCCACCACCCAGCAACUGCUAUGGCAGUUUUUAAUGGCUGUGAUUAAGAUAUUCAGGCACUGUGAGAGAUUAAUUGGGACCACCUACUUUGGUACUAUAUCCGAGUGUUUUGAUUUGGAUAAUAGUGACUUCUUAACCUCUAGUUCCAGUGACUCUUGAAUAGAAGCAGGUUAGAGGUGUUAACUAAAACCAGGCUGCUUGGAAGAUGUCCGUGAGUUUGAGGCCUGUCUGGUCUACAGAGUGAGUUCCAGGACAGCUGGGGCUACACAGAGAAACCCUGUCUCAAACAAACAAAACUGGAACAGGCUGCUUUAAGUACUUGGGAAUUCAUAAGAUGAAAUGGUACAUCUUCUGUCAUUCCUGCAUAAUUUGACUGUUCUUUCCCAGACAAAGCCUAGUACCAAUCCUGCCUUUCCUUACUCCAGAAUCACCUUCCCCCAGUGAUAUCAUACUGACCAGUAGCUAACACAAUGGCAGUGUUAGGAGAUACCGUCUACAGGGUAGAUACUAUACUGUUUGAUACUCAAAACGUUGCUCUUUUUGUUUAAAGUAGGAGGUAUGUGACUAUAUAUUUUAAGAGUCCUGGUUUAAGUAGUAGUUUCACAGUUUACAAGGUAAAGACGCAAACUUAGUCAAGUUGAAACCUCUACUUGACUUUGUAAGAUGCAUCUGCCAACUUGACUCUGGGGCUAUAGGUUGGAUGACACUGUGACAGAGUCACGGUUGACACAGUUUAAGCGAUGUGCUUAAGGACAUAGCCUGUGGAUCUUAGAGAAGUAAGAAGGAUUUAAAUAUUUUUCUAUUGUGUAAUAUCUCGAGAACGCAAAUGCCUUAAGGAAAGUGUGCCCACUAUCCCUGGGGCUGUGUUUGUAUAAAUAUUUAAAUAAAGUCAUAUUCAUUGUU